AUGUCUUCCUCCGCUUCCUCCACUUCUUACCACUCCGUGCUCGAUCCCCCCAUCCCCGAAGAUGAUCUUCAUGAGUUCUCUUGGCUCGUACAAGACCACAAGGGCUAUGAUUUCACGUUUGAAUAUGAAGAGAAGGAGGCCCCGAAGACUAUCGAGCCCUUUCGGCUUACCAUGCCAUACGACGACUCCCCCCCUUCGUCCCUCUCCACUAUGAACGAGGACGGUGGCAAUUCCGACAUCGAGUACUCGGAAAGCGACAGCGACGCGGAAGAGGAUCCCUUCUGGUACACGCACGAAGAACUGUACCGUGUGGUGGGUGGCCAUGCCUAUCCAAUCUCCGUGCUCGAGGAUGCCCCUCGAUCGGGAAUGAAUUUGUCCCAGCUACCGACAGAAGAACCCGAUACCACCUCCUUAAUAUUCUCUGGCCAGACCAGCUCCUCACGUUCGGCCCGCAAGAAGUCUCGCCUCCCCCCCAAGCUCGACGUCCCCUCUGACGACGAGGACGAAAGCAAGGGUAGUUCCUCGGACGAAGAGUACAUCCCCUCCCCCCGUCUCAACUCGCGCAAGCGCAUCGUCGGCCGGUCCACGGUCUCGCGUUCCUCCUCUUCCUCUCCAGACUCCUCCUCCAAACGCCCACGCUCGGCUCCCCUUCCCCGCGAUCCGCGGGUCUCGCGUCGCGAGGCCCGCCCGCGGAAUGCCCAAGUCGACCCGUCGACUCCCAUCUUCCCGGACGCGUCCAAACGUUCGUCGUUCAAGUGCCCUCAUUGCAGCUGGGUACAAUCGAACGGGCGCAUGCCCGACCUGAAGCGUCACAUUCUGACGCACAAGGGGGGGCAGUGGGUCUGCCGUGGUGUGCCCAUGGAGCAUGCGGACGACUAUGGAGUCUCGUCGGAGUGCACUCCGAUUGCUUAUGGAGAGGCGGAGAGACUGUUCGUCGGCGGGUGCAGCAAAAGGUUCAGCCGGCGCGACGCGCUCAAGCGCCAUCUGGACAACGCGAAUAUCACUUGCAAAGGUGAUAUUCACGCGAUGUUGGACUGGGACUGCUGA